AUGAAGGAUCUAAUAUCAAGGAAGCGUAAGUUGCGGGAAUGUGAGACAGUGAAUCUGACGGAGGAAUAUAAUGCUAUCAUCCAAAAGAAGUUACCCACCAAAGUCAAGGAUCUAGGGAGCUUCAACAUUUCAUGCACCAUAGGCAAGGUUGAAGUAGGUAACGUUCUAUGUGAUCUCGGUGCCAGCAUCAACGUGAUGCCACUAUCUAUGAUGAAGAAACUAUGGAUCACUGAAGUAAAGCCAACCAAGACAAUAGUGCAACUAGCUGACCGCUCUACAAAACAAGCUUAUGGCAUCAUAGAGGACAUACUGGUAAAGGUUGACAAAUUCAUCAUUCCUGUUGAUUUUGUCAUCCUUGAUAUAGAGGAAAAUGCUACUGUUCCUAUGAUCUUUGGAAGACCCUUCUUGGCAACUUCAGGAGCAUUGAUUGAUGUACCUAAGGGCGAGUUGAUUUUGAGGGUAGAUGGAGAGCAGGCCAUAUUCAAGUUCUUUGACAAAGAAAUUUUCCCACCAGUAGCUCAACUGGAAGAUCAAGUCUACUACAUUAGUGAAAAGAAAGGAGAAGAAGAGCAAAAAGAGAAUUCUCCUCAAGAAGGUAAGCCAAAGGUUAAAAUGGAGAAGCCUAGGAGCAAGGGAAAACACAUAAAAGCCAAGUUUAGAGUUUCUGAGGAUACUUUAUCUCAUCUAUAUGCAUAG